UCCGGGCCGCCAGGGGGCGCCGCAGCACCGCGGCCCCAUCUCGCCCCCAAGCCGCCGCGACAACAGCGCGGCCUGGCUGGGCCGGCCGUCGGCGACAUGGGCAAGAAGCACAAGAAGCACAAGUCGGACAAGCACCCCUACGAGGAAUAUGUAGAAAAGCCCCUGAAGCUGGUGCUGAAAGUUGGAGGAAGUGAAGUUGCCGAGCUGUCUACUGGAAACACAGGGCUUGAUUCAAGCCUAUACGAUGACAAAUCCGAGCAUGAGAAGCACAAAGACAGAAAACGGAAAAAGAGGAAGAAAGGAGAGAAACAAGUUCCUGGAGAAGAAAAGGAGAAAAGAAAGAGAAAAGUUAAGGACGAUAAAAAGAAACGCGAUCGAGACCACCCAGACAGCGAUGGAGAGCAGGAACUGAAAUGUCAGACCCCUAUCAGGUUGGAAUUGCCACCAGAGAAACCAUUGACAAGUACUUUAUCAAAACAGGAAGAGGUAGAGCAGACACCACUUCAGGAAGCUCUGAAUCAACUCAUGAGACAGCUGCAGAGAAAGGAUCCAAGUUCUUUCUUUUCAUUUCCUGUGACUGACUUUAUUGCUCCUGGCUAUUCCAUGAUCAUUAAAAAUCCGAUGGAUUUUAGUACAAUGAAAGAGAAGAUCAAGAACAAUGGGUACCAGUCCAUAGAAGAAUUAAAGGAAAACUUCAAACUGAUGUGUACUAAUGCAAUGACGUACAACAAACCAGACACCAUUUACUACAAAGCUGCAAAAAAACUGCUGCACUCAGGGAUGAAGAUACUUAGCCAGGAGAGGAUUCAGAGCCUGAAACAAAGUAUAGAAUUCAUGGCUGAUCUGCAGAAGACAAGGAAACAGAAAGACAAGAUGGAACAGCAACUAACUGGAGAAGAUGAAAAUGGUUCUGGGAAAGACAAAGGAGAAUCUGUGGAUGGUGAUACCAAAGCAUUCAAAACACCCAACAAAGAACACAAAAAGAAAGACAAAGAUCUACUUGAAGACAAAUUAAGAAACAAUAGCUUGGAAAGGGAACAAGAGCAGAUUGAUCGCAUUGUUAGAGAAUCUGGAGGAAAGCUAACAAGACGACUUGCAAACAGCCAGUGUGAAUUUGAAAGAAGAAAGCCAGAUGGUACAACAACUCUGGGCCUUCUUAAUCCAGUCGACCUUACUGCAGGAGAACCAGGUUACUGCCCUGUAAAGCUGGGUAUGACAGCAGGGAGACUUCAGUCAGGAGUUAAUACAUUACAAGGGUUCAAAGAAGAUAAAAGAAACAAGGUUACUCCAGUGACAUACUUGAAUUAUGGACCUUAUAGUUCCUAUGCUCCGACAUAUGAUUCUACAUUUGCCAACAUCAGCAAAGAAGAUUCUGACUUAAUCUAUUCAACGUAUGGGGAAGACUCUAAUCAAGGAUCUUUCAGUAUUCAUGAAUUUUUGAUGAAAUCACAAGAUUAUCCUUUCCUAAUGGCUGAUAGUUUGCUUGAUGCUCUAACUAAAGGAGGACACUCUAGAUCUCUCAGAGAACUUGAAGCGCCCCUGGAAGAAACUGAAGGCCCACAUGAAAGGAGUGAUGCAAUAAAAGAUGUAAAGAUUAUGGAAAUUGACAUUGCAACAAGGUUGGACUCUGCUAAUAAUGACAGACUCACAGCACUAAAAGCUGUUACAAACUUUGGCAUGCCUGUAGAAGAGUUUGAUUCUGAGGAGGCUGAAAUUUUCCAGAGGAAACUUGAUGAAACAACAAAGCUUCUGAGAGAACUUCAGGAUGCUCAAAAUGAACGACUAAGUACGAAACCACCCCCGAACAUGAUUUGUCUUCUGGGUCCAUCUUACAGAGAGAUGCACUUAGCGGAGAGAGUAACCAAUAAUCUGAAAGAACUGGCACAACGAGUGACUCCAGGUGACAUCGUUAGUACAUAUGGAAUCCGGAAAGCAAUGGGAAUUUCGAUUCCUUUACCUGAUACAGAAGACAGCGGGGUAGAUUUAACAGAUGAGUUUGAAGAACCUAAAAAGACUGUCACCAUCACUGAAAAUGAAUGUGGGCCAGUUAAAGUCUGAAGCUUCAGUUAAGUUUACAGGUGUUUGUUUGAUUCUUUUUAAGAACCAGAUAAACAUUCUUCAGGUGCAUUCACAGAGCAUGUGUAUAUUGUGUGUUAAAGAAACUACUUUUGUUUAUUAAAUUUUGGAACUGAAAUUUGAGUUGUGUUAAGAGUUUUUUCUGCUACUUAAAUGCAUUUAAUUAUUCUUUUGUUAUUUAUUUUAAAGGACUUCAGCAUUUAAGUUUUCCUUCCAUUAUUAUAUGCCUGGAAAAGUCAAACACUAAAUGAAAAUGGAGCUAUGUAUGGGGAAAGGACUCAACCACAAGUCUCCAAAAGCACUGCUUUAACUGUAGUUAAACUUGGUUGGGGCAAAAACCAUUAGUAUCUGAACGUACAAGUUUCCCUUUUUAAAAUAACCAUGCAACUCUUAUGAUCAUGAGGGACAGGAAAAAAACAACACUGAAUGACACUGAUGUAACCUGAUAAAUUAACAAAAGAUCACCUUUGUAAGACUUUCAGCAUAGAUUAAUUUCCUCAUAGAUGAGCAGCAACAUCCAUUCACAGUAUUCUAAAAGUUGAAAGCUUUAAAAUACAUCAUGACAACAAUAAGGUGAGACUAACAAACCCAUGGGCUGCCAGUAAGUAAGAAUUCCACAUUAAUGUAGCAGUAUUAACUCAGGUUGAGAUGUGCAUGUAGAACUUGAAGGUAUUACUAAACACCAUCUGAAUAAUUAUUUUAAGCUUGCUUAUCAGAAAGAAGAGCAUAUUUAGGAAACUAAGCGUCAAUUAAAAGAUGAUUCCCUUGUCACCAAAAUUGCUUAUAGUGUUAGUCUGUUUUGUCCACAUUCAGGCAGAGAGGAAUUGAAGCACGGUGGCAGUAUUACGCAGAGCCAGAGAGUCCUGAACAAGAAUUCUUCCUAUGGUCUAGUCAAUUACUUUCACACACUUGUCCAGUGCUAUACCGUUUUACCACAGACAUCAUUACCUAUUUUUAAAUAUUGCUUCUUUUUACCCCAUAGUAUUUAUUUAUUUUAAGGUUCCAGCGUUACCUUGGAGUGUUAACAGCAAUGACAUGCAGUAGUUCAUCUCCAUCUGAUUAGCAAUUUAGAAUGUUUGUAGUGGCAUGGAACUGAAAUGAAGAGGUAACUUAAAGACAAAACAGAAUAAUGAAUUCCACUCUUCAUUCCUAGUCUUAUUGCCAACAUCUCCUUUAUACUUCCUUUCCUCUUCCUCCUCCUCUCUAAAAAGGAGCUGCAGAGGUGUUUAAUUCCAUUUUUAAUUUUUCAGUUCUUAAAACUCAUUCCAAAAAAUUUGAACUGUCAGCCUGAAUACUUCUCUAGUAGUUUCAGUUAUCAAAUCAUCACAGAUUAGUUUUUUGUUUUCUUUAAAUAAAAUAUUAACUGUUGUGUUUUUUUCCCCACAGUAGCGGCUAGUUGUAGCUGAUUGCUUUGAAACACUUCAGGGAUGGAAUUUUUCAAUUAAUAUUUAACUCAUUUUCAUAGUACAAGAGAAGGCAAGAUGCAAAACAUUAUUGGUUCAGUCUAUAGCAUCUCAUUUCCCAUCACUUAUCUUUCAUAUAGUGCAGUAGAAGGCCACAGAUGACAGAAAACAGAGCAUGGAAAUUUUUCUUUAGCAAGUAUAUCACGCUAUGUAUUUUCUACUUAGAUAAAUUCUCAAAAAUAUGAGUAUCAAAUUUACUUUGUAAGUAAAAACAAUCUCAUUAACUCUAUAGAGAUAUAUAAGAUAUAUCAUGCCUCCUGUUUAUGGAGAAACUUCAUCAAAAUAAUUACAAAAAACAAACAAGUUUCAGGAAGUUCUUUAUUUAAUGGUAAAAAGAAAAGUUUGUUCUUUAAAAUAGAUUGCUAAUUCAAAACACGUUAUUAGCUCUUCAAAUUAGAUUCAAUGCCAUUUUUACAGUUCAAAAAAACCACAAUAAUGCUGUAAAGAUUUUCAAACAAGAUUACUUCUUCAAUCUUAAGUUUCACAGUUCUCAAGAAACGGCUGCUAAAAACAAUUAAAGACAGUUGCCACUUAAAUUGAACUUAUUCUCUGGUUGAAUAUAGCUUUCUUAGUAUACACUUCCAGUUCUGCUAAGUUAAAGUCAUUCUCAGAUAUAACCCCUUUUUCUUUACGUGUGUUUUCCAACUUUCUCCAUUACAUAAGCUAAAAUUCAGUAAGCAGUGUAAGUACACAAUGUCCUUUUAAAACCAUGACGAAAAGAAAACAAACAAACUACUCAUUCCAGUUCAAAAGCUACAGCUUUUUAUACAACUUCUGUAAAUGAGGUUAAGUUUAAGUUAUGCCCAAGCAAGUUACUAGCCUGAUAGGCAAUAUAAUGUAAACAAAAGCAUUUCAAAAUGCUGUUACAGACAGCCAAUUUUUUCAUAGAUAACUUACACCUACAUUCUACUAG